GAGCUGCACCGGACGGGCACCUGGGGGUUCGGAGUAACCGCUGCGAAAGGGAACCCGGGUCUAGCGAUUGCUGCCCGGGGUCGGUUUUGAGAUACACGGGCCAUGGCUCAAGGCCGGGAAGUAGACGACAGCACCUACGCCCUCGUCGCCAACACUGCGUCCUUGUCCGUGAGAUGGGUGCAAGGAUUCCCUAAGCAGGAUGUUCAUUUUGUCAACGACAGCACCAUUUGUUACCCUAGUGGCAAUUUCAUAAUAUUUAUUAAUAUUGCAACCAAGAAAAAAACUGUACUCCAGUGUAUGAAUGGAAUUGUGGGCGUCGUGGCAACUAACGUUCCUUAUGAAGUUGUGGCUUUUUCUGACCGGAAACUAAAACCUCUCAUCUACAUAUACAACUUUCCAGGAUUGACCAAGAGGACCAAAUUAAAAGGCAAUGUUCUUCUGGACUAUACUUUACUAGCGUUCAGUUAUUGUGGCAACUACCUGGCUAGCUACUCUUCUCUCCCAGAAUUUGAAUUGGCUCUCUGGGACUGGGAAUCGGGUGUCAUUUUGUGUAAGAAGUCACAACCUGGUGUUGAUGUGAGCCAAAUGACUUUUAACCCCAUGAACUGGCGCCAGCUGUGCUUGUCAAGUCCAAGUUCAUUGACCGUGUGGACCAUUGAAAGAAGUAACCAGCAGCAUUACCUCAAAGCAAAGACAGCAAAACUACCUAUGGAAGAUGGGUCAUUUUUUGAUGAAAAAGACUUAGUUUUUCCUAACUCGUUGCCCAAGGAUCUCAUCUAUGGACCUGUCCUCCCACUGUCAGCCGUUGCUGGGCUAGUGGGCGAAGAGGCCGAAACUUUCCGGCCCAAAGAUGAUCUCUAUCCUUUGCUGCACCCAACUAUGCACUGCUGGACUCCAACAAGUGACCUAUAUGUUGGCUGUGAAGAGGGUCAUCUUCUAGUGAUUAGUGGAGAAACCUUGAAGGUGACUGUGCUUGAUAAGACAGAAGACACACCGUCAAUGGAGGGACGACCUCUCAUCAGUCCGAUCACCAUGGCGUAUCAGAAGGGAGGUGUGCUUGCUUCUGGAAUAGAUGGCUUUGUGUAUUCUUUUAUUAUUAAAGAUUCAACUUACAGAAUAGAGGAUUUUCUUCAGGUUGAAGACCCUGUGGAAUGUUUGAUGUUUUCUCCCAGUUACAAAAUGUUGCUGAUUCAAACAGACAAGGGAUCUGUGUAUAUUUACACUUUUGGUGAGGAGCCAACCUUGGAUAAAGUCGUAGAGGCUUGUGAUGGGCAGUUUCAGGCAAUUGACUUGAUCACACCUGAAAACGAAUACUGCAUAACGCUCACAUAUUCAGGGGAAGCUUGUGUCUGGUGUUUAGAGGAUGGCGCUUUUGUCAGCAGAAUUAAUCUGAACAUGCCCACGACAGUUCUGGCUUGUUCUCCCUCCUCCCUGUCUGUGGCGGUGGGGACUGUGGCUGGCUCUGUCCACUUCUUUGACAUCCAGGACGCCAAGUCCCCUCGGGAGGUUCACAAGGCCUUUCUCUCAGAAUCCUCCGUCCAGCUUCUCGUUUACGACCAGCGAGGGAUCUAUCUGUUAGCUGGAACCCCUGAAGGAUACGUCUUUGUUAUCAACGCCAAACCCUCAAGCUCAUUUGAGGUUCUUGGAUUCGUAGAGGUGCACAAAGGCAUUUUACAGAUAUCCACGGUGUCUCUUUUGGAAACAGACAUAGUGGAAGUGAUGGUGCUUUCCUCACUUCCAGAAACAGGAAGAAGCAGUCUGGAAAUAUUCACUCUGCCUAUAAUACUACCUCAAGUUUCUGCAACCUUUGCCGAUGAAAGAGGGAGGCUGAGAAACGAAUUCAUCCAUAAGUUCCUGUACGAGGUGGAGCACAGCCUAUCCUCUGCGGUGCUGAGCUUCCAGAGUGACCGAAUAUACGGCUUCUGUAACGAGAUGCCGUACAUCUGCAGCUAUCUUCUUCCCGCAAAUGAACAUGACGGUGUUUGCGUUCUUCAGCCCUACCACAAAGUGCAGAGCAAACAGUAUGGACCUGGAGUGCUCUCCCUGUCUCCGCAUGGACUGUGGCUCAUCACAAAAGCUAAAUGUGGAACUGUGUGUAUACGAGAUGUUCACACUUUGGAAACGUUUGUUCGGUGUCGGAGUCAUUCUCAUCAGGGGCACGGAAUCCAGUCGGUGAGCAUUUCGGUGGAUGGACAAGACAUCCUGGUGAAUGGGAAGGAUGAUGGCACCCUCGUCUGCCUAAAGUGGAGGAAGUUUGGAGGAAGCUUAGCCAGUGACAUUCUUGAAUAUAGCCAGCAACUUCUAACUUCUCUGAGCAACACCAUGGAGGAGGAGAAUGAUUCUUUAAGAAUGAGACAAAGCAGGUUCUCAGGAUCAGAACCUGAACACACAAAUAUGAGGUUAAGCAUUGACUCAUCGCAAGAGGAACUAGUCCAAGCUAAUAAUAUGAAGGAAAUUCCCUGGAUACAACAAAAAAGCCAAGAGGCCAUCAAAAAGGAGGUUAAACUGUUUUCCAACAAAAGGAAAGAGAUAAAAAGAGAAAUCAAAGCACUUGCUAAAACCGUUCUGAAUAUGAUGGCAGAAAACGAAACAGUAGAUAACAUCGCAAAACUAGAGCAGCGGGAGUUCGGCCUGGACCUUGAGGAACUGGAGAGGCUUCAAAGUGAAAGUCAGGAGGAAGUGACAAAGAUAAGGAAAGACGUGGAGAUGCAUAACCUAGCCAAGGCUUAUUUGACUGCAGUUAUUAAAGAAGAAUGCUGGAAUUCAAUGGUUGUGAAAGGACGAUCUCUUAAGGGCUUUCACAUCCCCUAUGUGGUUGAGAACUUCCCACUGAAAGAACGCACGGAUGAAGAGCUGAAAGAAGUGAAUAGAGUUUUGCAGCAAAAGAAGAUCGAAACAGAAUGUUUGAAGCUACGGAAAGAAAUUAUAGAGGUUCAGUCUGCUAUUACCUUGGUUAAAAAGCACCAUGAAGAGGAAGAGGAAGAGGAGGAAGAUGUGGCAGUAAGAGACACCAAGUUGCCCAAUUACCUGCUUGGCAGUCUGAGUACUGAUUUUGGGGUACCCACCUCCUUGUUGUCAAGCCAAUUGGAACUUCAUUCCAGAGAGGAGAAAAUCAACCAAAUAAUAUUACUGAAAGAUAUCAUUUACAAGGUAAAAAUUGUUUUCAAUAAUGAGUUUGAUGCUGCCUAUAAACAAAAAGAAUUUGAAAUUGCACGUGUGAAGGAAAGAAAUGUAAGAAUUCAAGAAAUUAUUUUAGAUCUGGAAUUGGAAGAAUCAGUCUGGCAACCAGAAUUUGAGGACUGUGAGAAGCCAGAGAAAACCCUUGUGGUGGAAGACAGUGAGAUUACAGCUCAGAAACAUAUUAAACCAUGGCAAAAAGCCAAAACAGAAUUGAUUACGACCCAGAAAAGGGAGCAAUGGCUUCAAUUACAGGCCUCUGAAACCAGACACCGCGCCCUGAUGGACAUGAUGGGAGGAGUGCUGGAGGUCAAGAAGGAAGACAUUUUGAGGAUGGUGAUCCCUCCGCCUGCUUUCGUGGCAAAACCUGACGCCGUGUGGACUGAAGAGGAGAAGAAACAAUUCAGAGACUACGAGAAAAAAGUCAAGGAGUUAAAUGAAGAAAGAGAUAAGUACAGAAAGUCCCUAGAAGCAGAAUUGAAGAAACUUCAGAACUCAAUUCAAGAAAGCACACAGAAUUUUGAUGAGCUUUUGAAAAGACUCUUUGAAAGGAGAGUGAAAGCAGAGAUGGUUGUCAACCAGGAAGAAUUGAAAAUAAAUAACCUUGUUUUUUCUCUGCUGUUGGAUGAAGAAAUAAGCUCCAGAGAAAUGUUCCUGAACAACUAUCUUAGAAGAAAGCAGGAAGAGAGAAGCCAGACUUCAGAGGCUGUCCGGAAAUCUAAAGAAGACCUCGACAUGUACAAGGAACACUAUGACAACUUACUGGCGGAAGACAAGGUUCUGGAUCGCAGCUUUAAAAAGGAGUUUUCUGAAAUUCCCAGUCAUCAGGUGGAUAUACUGUACAGACUUUUUAAACGCCGACCAAGGAUCCACAAACAGAAACCGCACUCAGAUAUGACUAGUAUCGUGCCUUUUGGAGAGCGGCCAGGGUCUGGGAAAUUGAAUGCCGAUGCCUUUGCCCAGUUAAUGAAAGCCAUGGAUGACCUGGACAACAUUAACAACAUGCCAGAAGGCUUGAACCCCUUGGUCUGGAAUCAUUUCUGUACGACCAGACGAGUGAAAGUGGAAAACGAACAAAAAGUAAAGCAGAAAGCAGCUGGCUUAAUGGAAGUGGUGGCUUUUCACCGGAGGAGAGGUGACGAGGAUGAGAAGGUGCAACAGGAAAUUGAAAGAGUGUCCCGUGAACUUAUUCUGUUGCAGGAAGAGAAAGUGAAAUUCCAACUGAAUUUGACAAUCCAAGUUCUCCUUAAACAAGGACAAGUAGAAGUGGAAAAUUUCCAGUUAUUGCUGGAUUAUUCUGAUGCAAUUCUCAUCAACAGGAACAUCAUUGAAGACCUGAAUUCUGUGAUUCGGGCUCAAGGACAAAAGAAAGUUGCUAGCAUGAUGGAAACUAAAGAUAUCCACAAAGGAAUAUUUCAGAUUGAAUGGGAACAUAAGAAAAUGGAGAUGGAAAUGGAAGAUCUAAAUCAAAAGGCUUGGGAUAUUCAGAUGCUGUUUUUUUCAAGAGAACGUCAGAAAUUUCUAAAUGAACCAAACUAUGAGACUCUGAUUGCUAUUCAGAUUGGAAUAAUGGAGCAAACCAUCGCUGUUUUAGAUAAGACCCACAAAAAGAAUGUGGAAAACUGCAAAAAACUACUUAAAAAACUGGAAAAGGUCAGCAAUCAAAAAGAUGUGGCAAAUUAUACUCUAAGCUGCAAUUUACGAGAAGAGUUGGUGGCUGUCUCAGAGAGAAAAGACAUCUGUAAUGCCAUGGGGUCUAUAUUGACUUGUGAAAAAAUUGCGAAAGAACGAUAUGAGAACAUGAUGCAACAGCAAAAGUUAAGAAAUACUUCAAAGGAACAAGCCAAACAGAUUUCAGUCCUGGAGGCCGAAGUUGAGAGAUUAAAGAUGAAAACAUUUCCUGCUCUUGUUCCCUUGUAAAAACACUGGUGGGAAACCCAAAGCCAAUCGAUCUUUUAAAAAACAAUUUGAUUAAAAUGAUUUUUUGGUUUUUCAUAUAAGGAAAUUUAAGUAGAACUACUUCUC